AUGGUUGCUUCAGUUGCAAGUGCUACAGCUGAUGUUAGCAGACUUACCAUUCAGAGAACUUCUUCGAAUGAGUCUGCUACGUCUGUGAGUUUAAGACAUGGAUACAUUGAAACCCCCUUUACGGGGAAGAAGGAACAAUUUGAACAAGUGUUAGACAUUUUGGAUUCCACCGGGUUCAUUCCUGAAAACUUGAUUGAAUCAGAGGCUAAAUGGUUUUAUGAACAUUUAGGAAUUGAUGACGUUUUCUUUGCUAGAGAAUCUGCUGAAGAAAUUGCUUCUCACAUUCAUUCAUUGUAUUCCACAAAGGUUCAAGCUUUUGCUAUUGCUGGUGCUGCUUCAAACACUUCAGAACUUCCUCCUUUGAUUCAAUACAAGAGAGAAGCUGAUGAUCAUGCUGUUUUCUUUGAUACUGCUGGACCAAACUCUAGAAACAAAUUUGAUGAACUCAUUGAUGAUAAAUACAUUGAUCCAUCAUCUUCAGGUUCUUCAACUUCCUACAGAGCUGAAUACUUUUCUGCUCCUUUGAACCAUUCUACUGAUCCAAUUCUUGCUGGUAUUGCUCAACAAAACCCAGACAGAUUGAAGAACCAAUUUGUUAAAUGUCAUUUUGUCUACAAGAACCUAUAUGCAAAUGAAGGUGUUUCAGAAGAUGAAACUGAUAUUGAUAAGGUUGGUGACACUACUUUUUUGAAGAUUGCUUCACCAAAUACCAAACAGGUUUAUUCUGAAAUUAUUAAAGAAGUUUUGAAAGCUACCGGUCCUGUGAUUAAACACUAUUCAAUUGAUGAUACCGAAGAAUAUAGAGUUGUUAUUGGUUAUCGUCAAAAGACUCUGGCUCGUUAUAAUUCAGCCUUGAGUGAUUUGGCUAACUAUUACAAGUUACACACUACAAGAAAAUACGUGGAACAAUUUGCUAACGGUGUCACUAUCAUUUCUAUGUAUGUGGCUUCUAACUCCAAAAACCCAUUGGUUGAUUUAUCCUUGUAUCAAGUGAUUAAGGAAGCAUCACUUUUAUAUUGUAUCCCCCACAAUUUCUUCCAUGAUCGUUUCAUUAAGGGUGAAUUGUCUUUACAAGAAUCCAUUUAUGCUCAAUGUGGUGUUAUCUUUGUUACCCAUUUCUUGAAUAGAUUGGGACCUGAAUUCAAUAAGUUGUCUACUUUAUUGGAUGCUUCUCGUUCCUUACAACAUGCUGAAGUGUUGAAUGCCUUGAAGAAACGGUUGAGAGCUGAAACUUAUACUCAAAACUUCAUUAAGGAAGUUUUUGAUUUAAGAUCAGAUAUUGUACGUAAAUUAUACCGUCAAUUUGCUGAUGUUCAUUAUGUUCGUUCUUCAAUGGAAAAGACUUUAUCUUAUCAAAGAUUGUCACAAAUCACUUCGGUUGGUACUGAAGAAGAGUUUGAACAUUUGUUAUCAAGAGAAUGUUCUCAAAAUGAACAUCAUGCUGUUGUCUUGAGAGCCUUGUACAUGUUCAACAAAUCUAUUUUGAAAACCAACUUUUUCAUUCUGACUAAGGUUGCUUUAUCAUUUAGAUUAGAUCCAUCUUUCCUUCCAGAAACUGAAUAUCCUGAAAUUCCUUAUGGAAUGUUCUUUGUUGUGGGAGCUGAUUUUAGAGGAUUCCACAUUAGAUUUAGAGAUAUUGCUAGAGGUGGUAUUAGAAUUGUUAGAUCCAGAUCUCUUGAUGCUUAUAACGUCAAUGUUCGUAAUUUGUUUGAUGAAAAUUAUAACUUGGCUUCUACUCAACAAAAGAAGAAUAAAGAUAUCCCUGAAGGCGGGUCCAAGGGUGUCAUCUUAUUGGACCCAGGUGCAGCACAAGAUAAGCCAAAGCAAAACUUUGAAAAAUAUAUUGAUUCAUUAAUUGAUUUAUUAUUGAAACAAUUCAUCCCCGGUUCUAAGGAAGCUUAUGUUGAUUUAUACAAUAAGCCAGAAAUUCUUUUCCUUGGUCCUGAUGAAGGUACUGCUGGUUAUACCGAUUGGGCAACUUUACAUGCUAGAUCGAGAGGUGCUCCUUGGUGGAAGUCUUUCUUAACUGGGAAGUCUCCAGAAAUUGGUGGUAUUCCUCACGAUGAAUAUGGAAUGACUACUUUGUCUGUUAGAUCGUAUGUUAACAAGCUUUAUGAAAAGUUGAACAUUGAUAAUGCUACUAUUCGUAAGAUUCAAACUGGUGGUCCAGAUGGUGAUUUGGGAUCCAAUGAAAUCCUUUUAUCUCGUGAUGAAAAGUAUGUUGGUCUUGUUGAUGGUUCAGGGGUUAUUUGUGAUCCUCAUGGAUUAGACAAGACUGAAUUACUUAGAUUGGCAAAGGAAAGAGUCAUGAUUGACCAUUACGACCGUUCUAAAUUAUCUAAGGAUGGUUACAUUGUAUUAGUUGAUGAUGUUGAAGUCAAAUUACCAAAUGGUACUGUUAUUACCAGUGGUGUUGCCUUUAGAAACACUUUCCAUGUUAAGGUUAAGGAAGUUUAUGGUAUAGAUGGUGUUGAUUUGUUUGUUCCUUGUGGUGGUAGACCUGCAGCCAUUGAUACCAACAAUGUUGAAGAAUUAAUUGACUCUAAGACCGGUAAGUCUGUUAUUCCUUACUUUGUGGAAGGUGCAAACUUGUUCAUCACUCAAUCUGCCAAGUUGGUAUUGGAAAAGGCUGGUGCUGUUGUUUUCAAAGAUGCUUCAACCAAUAAAGGUGGUGUUACUUCAUCAUCUUUGGAAGUUUUGGCCGCUUUGGCCUUUGAUGAUAAGGGAUUCUUGAAUAACAUGUGUGUUGAUUCUGUCACUGGGGAAAAGCCUCAAUUCUACACUGAAUAUGUUAAACAAGUUCAACAAAAGAUUGUUGCCAAUGCUCAAGCCGAAUUUGAAUCCCUUUGGGCUUUAAAUCAACUGUCUGGUACUCCAAUCACUUUAUUGUCUGAUAAAUUGUCUAUUUCUAUCAACAAAUUGGGUGAUGAAUUGGCCAAUUCAAAAGAAUUAUGGAAUGAUGAUGUUGGAUUCCGUAAUGCUGUCUUAUUGGAUUCUUUACCAAAACUACUUUUGGAUGUGGUUGGUAUCGAUAACAUUUUACAACGAGUUCCAGAAGCUUAUUUAAGAGCUAUUUUCGCUACUCGUUUGGCUUCUUCCUUUGUAUACACCAGAGGUAUAGAUGCUAAUCCUGCCAAAUUUUUGGAAUUUAUUUCUUCUAUCAGAAAGGAUUACAUCCAAAGAGGUUUAUUGAAUGCUUAA